CRUUUCGCUUCCAUUUGUUUAUAUUGUUGUUUCCUUGACACUUGUCUGUUUGACAGUUGUCGCCCGGUCGCCGUUGUAAGUCAGUUCAUCAAUUUGAUUACCCACACACUACACAGUCAAGAAUCAACAAUGGCCGUAGAUAAAGGUGAUGCGCCUGAACAUAUUAACCUCAAAGUGCUUGGCCAAGAUAAUGCUGUGGUACAGUUUAAAAUUAAAAAACAUACUCCACUCAAAAAACUGAUGAAUGCCUACUGUGAGAGAACUGGUUUAGCUAUGGCUACAGUAAGGUUUCGAUUUGACGGACAAGCAAUUAGUGAAGCUGAUACACCAUCAUCACUAGAGAUGGAAGAAGGUGAUACAAUUGAAGUCUAUCAGCAACAAACUGGUGGUUUCGAAUUGUCAGACUACUACUUAUUAUUUUUUACAAUUUAAGUUUACAUUUUAUUUAUAAAUCACUCCUUAAAUGUAAAUCAUCUUAGUUUAAAAAACCUCAAUACCAUACAAUGUCUUUUAUCUACAAAACUGGCAAUAUUUAAAAAAUUGUUAUAAAUAUUACAAAUUUAUAAUCAACAUGAACGAUUUCAAGAAUAAACUACAUCAACCAGAUAAGCAUGAGGUGUAUUGGACAGAUUUUUAAUGUUUAAUGAAUACUUUAUAUGUAAACAAUUUAAUUCAUACUAUUAUUAUUAUUUUCAUAUUUCUCUAGCUUAAUAAUAAAAUUUUGAUAUUAU